GGCGCAUAAUGUUGUCGUGCGUUCUGGUACAUUUUCAGUGCUGAGUGUGAGGGCUUGGCAGUCUCGCGCCUCCCUGCCUUGCUCGCGAAUUUACACGUGUGAAACAAUCUGCUAUACAAUCGCAACUAAUUGGUGAAAAGAUGUGGCCAAAGGCGAUACUUUCGUUCGCCUGCCUAGCAGUGGCGAGCGCGUCCUUGGAGACUGUGAACCAAUGGAGUUUCCUACAAUUUGACUUUCCACCAGACCCAGUACUGCUGGAGAAGUUUCAGCCUGAGAACACCGUGCCUACGGGCUUAGAAAUUGGAUGGGAUAGAUUAUAUUUGGGCAUUCCUCGUCUCCGUGCUGGAGUUCCCGCCACGCUCGCGUGGGUGCCGCGGUCCCUCCCUCCCGGCGUCAGCCCAGUUCUUCAGGCAUACCCAGACUGGUCAUGGCAUACAGCCGGCAGAGGCGACAUCAACUGUACAGGAUUAAUUUCCGUGUACCGUGUGAGGGCAGACCGAUGCAACAGACUGUGGGUCUUGGACGCCGGGGUUUUGACCAGCAUUGAUGACUUCAGAAGAGUGUGCCCACCGAAAAUUCUUGUAUUCGACAUGGCUACUGAUCGCUUGGUAAGGAGCAUUUACUUCCCCCGUGAGCUACUGCGACCCGCAUCCUUGCUCACCAACAUUGUCCUUGACGACACGCGGUCAUCCAGCGCCCACCACGCUGCCAACUGUGACAACGUCUUCGCUUACAUUAGUGACACAGUCGCUCCUGGUAUCAUUGUGUACGACGGUCGGCGUGACAACGCGUGGCGUGUUACUCACGCGUCCAUGUACCCAGACCCUGACCUUGGCGAGUAUGACAUCGGUGGUGAUAAGUUCACUCUCAUGGACGGUGUCGUGGGUUUGACCCAUUCACCAGCUCAAGGACUUUUGUACUACCAGCCAUUGGCGACUGACAGAUUAUUCAGCGUUUCAACAGCCGUAUUAGCAUCAGGCCCCCCUGCAGAGGGAGCCGAUUUGCCCGUCAAUCUUGUAGGCCGCAAGUCCUCUCAGGGUCUCGGUAUUGCUGUGGACCCUCGCGAUGAUACCAUUAUCUUCAGUACUAUGACUGAAACCGCUGUGGCGGCAUGGAACCCUAUUACUAAUUCUCACAGAUUGCUAGCUCAAGACGCUGAAAAACUGCAGUUUUGCGCCGAAGUGCGGUGGGCCGAAAGAGACAAUGGAGCUAUUUGGGUCUUGUCCACGAGAUUCCACAAAUUCUUCAAGAGGAGUGUCUCCAAACAUGAGAUUAACCUUCGAAUAAUGCGAGUGGUGGAAGGAGGGUACGGCGGCUAUGUCUCUCUGCAACCACAUUUACAGAGAAGAUCAACUGCCAACAUCACAGCGAACUUUUGAAAAUUUAACAAAAAUGCCUCGGAGCCAUAUUAUAAAAAAAGCAAGAUGCAAUAGUAAAAUUUAUUUAUAUAUUUUAAAUAUCAGAGCUCUAGAAAAUUUAUUACCCAAAUCUUGCUAACAUCUAUCUACUUAUCUCUGUACAAUGUAUUUUAUUAGUUCUUCGGUAACGUUUUCACGACGAGCUCUCUCACUCUUUAUA